GCGGAAGGCGACGCCUUUCUCCGACGGGGUCGAUCGUCCUAAAGUAGUAUCACAGCAACCGAGCACGAUUUCUGGGGGUUGCUGGAGCUGCUGGAGCUGCAGGGUUGGCCAAAAGAAACUUGCAGGUCAGGUUGCCCUCGAUGUGCAUGUACUGUUUGCCCGGCUUCGCGGUGCCCUCCACGGUGCGAUAGGGGAUGACGACGCGACCACGGGCCCCGCUGUAGCGCACCACCCGCAGAGGAUACUGCCCCACGCUCUCCACCAGCUCCACGUCUCUCUCCGGGAAGCCGAAGAUACCGCUGUGGUCGUCGUCCAGGAUCAUCACCGUCGCCAGACUCGGCGAGACGAGCAUCGCCGGCUGCGAUACGUUGCUGAGCCUGCAGGCAAAAGGGGACGCGUCUCUUUCUUUAGACCGGAUUGGAUCUUCCUUUCUGUAAACGAUGACGAUCGAUUUUGGGAUCACCUCGUCACGUUCCUCAGCAUCUGCUGGACUACAUGAUCGCUCGCUUUCCCCCCUCUCGCGUCGCUCGACGAUCACUUUCUUCGAGAUCGCUUCGCGCCGAAGGAUCUCCGCUCGCGCUAAUCCUACUCGAGGAUCGAUCGGCGUCGCCGAAGCCAGUCGGGCUAUGCGGAUCCAUAAAUCGUAAGCUAUCCGGCUCUGGAUGUUCUCGAUUUCCCUGGCGAUGUGCCAUCUUCGCGGCGAUCUGCUUGUCCUGCUGGUGCUCGUCCUGGCGGAGGCCCAGUGCGUCAUGAUGAGGAUCGUCGGAGAGAAUCACUCGAAAUGCGGAUGCCCGGCAGCGUCGCAGAGGCAGCCUCGCUCGAUCAUCUCGUCGAAGAUCCAAGGAUUGUUAUUGAAGGACGACGUCUCGCCCUCGUCGACGAUCACCGCCACCGCCACUACGACGACCACCGGUCGCAUCUUCAACGGCAAACCCAGCAGGAAGGGCGCGUGGCCCUGGCAGGUGUCCCUUCAGCUGUUGCAUCCGAAACUAGGCUUCAUCGGCCACUGGUGGGGUGUCCUGAUCGAUCCCAAAUGGGUGAUCACCGCCGCCCACUGCGUUCACAACGAGCUGUUUAAUUUGCCCAUCGGCGCGCUAUGGACGGCUGUGGUCGGCGAAUGGGAACUAGACUCCGGGGGACGCGGAUCCGCCCGUUUGCCCGUCGAGAAGGUGAUCCUUCACGAGCGGUUCAAUAAUUACGUGCACGACAUAGCUCUAAUGAAGCUCGCCAGGCCGGCACCUCUGUCCAAGUUCGUUCGCACCAUCUGUCUUCCUGGUCCCGGUCAGUUCAUCGGCAAAGGUCACUGCGUGACCUCCGGCUGGGGCCGAUACGGACCCUCGCCCUCGCUCUCCACCGCCCUUCUGGAAGCCAGCGUACCUCUUCUGAAUCUCAAAGAGUGUCUCCAAGCCUACGCCACCACGGUGCCCAUCAGGAAGGGUCAUCUAUGCGCCGGUCACACCGAUGGUUCCUCCGGAAGCUGCGUGGGUGAUUCCGGAGGACCUUUGCAGUGUCGUCGCUCCGAUGGCGCCUGGCAACUGGUUGGUGUCACGUCCUUCGGCUCCGGAUGUGCCAGACCGGGUUAUCCGGAUGUAUAUACCGAGAUACAGCAUUACUUGAACUGGAUUAACAAGACUAUCAGUGCGAACAAUGACGACGAUAUAUAAUACGCGGUGGCAAAUACAUUUGUAAAUAUCAAAACACAUUGUAAAUAUGUUAGUGUACAGUUAUACAUACAAUUCUUAUUUGUAUAUAAUGCAUAUAAUCCGCGUGUGUUCAUGCGUUGUUGUAUAUUGUACAGUAAGCUGAUUUGAAAUUUUAACGCUCUGGAGAAUAUAUCAGUUAUAUAUAUAUAUAUAUA